UUGUCAUAUGUGUUGACAAAAUAAAAUAUUAUUAUUUUUGUUGGGUGUUCCACGUUUUAAAAUAACUUUAAAAUGAUAUAUGAUAAAAACGAACUGCCAGAAAAAGAUAAAGAUGUCGAAAACAGAUGCAGCAUGUGUGGAGAAAUACGUGAAACAGCUUCCGCAUUUUUCUGUCAGUCUCAACUACAAUUUUGCAAAUACUGUUACGAGCAACUAAAAAGGAAUUACAAAGCGGAGGGGAAAAACAGAUGCGCCUGUUUCAAAUGUGAAUCGUCCAGCCGUAGAAACAUGAACCCGAACUUACUUUACGAAUCGGACGACAUAACGUUGCAGAGACUGUUCAAGCUGCCGAAGAACGAGUUGAAAAAACUGCUGGACAACGAUUGUUUGCAGGAAAACGAGACGCGGUCGAACGCGGAAACGGGCCGGUGCUCUUAUGGUCCGAUAAAAUGCCCGCACAGUCCCUGCGGCAAGGCGGUUUUGCCCUCCGCCUACCUGCAGCACUUCAAGUUCGAACACAACAACGUACCGGCGUUGGGCAUCGAUCGCGGCCGCGUCCUCAAGAUCCCGAUCGAUGCGACGAUCAUCCAGCACGGCGAGAACGUUUGCAUCGCCAUGAUCAACCUGUACGGAAACACGGGAGCAUCGCGGAGCAGCGAGAGUGUCCUUACGACUUGCAGUCGCUUUUCGCAGAGUGAGCCGAUCGGGAGUUUUUGGCUUUUGGUUUCGGCUAACGAAAAAGAGAGUAAAGAGUCGGCGAGUGCUUAUUAUUGGUUGUUCACCAAUACCGAAGAGGAUUUCGACUGCAGUUUGGAAUUGGCUAAUCAGAACGACGAUUUAAAAUUCAGCACGGGCUGUAAGGUGAACAACAGUUUGGUAGACGUCUAUUCGGAUCUGCCGGAUAAUCUUAAUUGUUUGAUGAUCUCCAGGAAUAUGUUUGCUGCUUUGCUCGAAGAAGGUACCGGUUUGAAUUUACGUGUCAUUUUACAUUAAAUUAUGUUGUCUGUCUCAAAUAUUUUAUAUUUCUAAUGAUACUUUAUUUUAUAUAAAUUUUAAUUGUA